AUGGCGACAGAAGAAAGGGUUAACGAGAUGCGUGGGUACAAGGCCACACUAAGCAACCCGAGAGUUUCAGAAGAGGCAAAGCAGAAUGCACAAGGCAAGCUUAGUGAGCUCGGCGGUGAUAAACCCCGCCAUGAAAUAUAUCAGGCAAGAGGCGAUCCAAACAAAGACCCUGUCAGAGUCGAAGCUGGGCUUAAGGCCGCCCAGAAAAGUCCUAACGUGACUGAAGGUGGGAAGCAGAGAGCCGCCGAGAAGAUGGGAAGAAGUGCUCCGGAAGAGUAG